CAUCUUGCUACUAGAAUCACGUGACCUGUAGUUCGUUGUGGGUCCGGAAUUUAUUCAGGUAUGGUUAACGGCCUCCACAUUUCAUUCGUUGGAAAAACAAUUAUAGUUUGUAAAUAUACUACUGUACAUAUUGUACAAAAAAGAUGAGUCCGAGCAAUCGGGCCACUAGCAAGAGUGGCAAAGGAGCAAAGACAGACAAAUCUCACAAAUCAGAAAAAACAGAGCGUGGGAAAAGUGGUGGUGAUAAACAGCAACACAAAGAUGGAAAAUCUAAAAAUGAGGACUCCAGUAUUAUAGACAAAGUUAAAACUCUCAUGGAAAUGUCGCAGAGGGCAGAGGAAGAAGUAUGCCUCGCAUUGUAUGAAUGUGACUAUGACAUGCAUCUAGCUAUAAACAUGUUACUUGAAGCUAACAGUUCUGGCGCCUGGGAAACUCGGGUGAAGAAGAAAAAGAACAGACAGACAUCCACCGGGGGCGGCGGCAAAGAAGGCAACAACGGAAAACAACAGGACGCGGGCGGUGAUGCUGGCAAGACCGGAGGCGGCGACGACGACUGGGGAAGCGUGGACGUCGGGGGGCAGCCGGUAGGCGGCGUCGGAGGCGGCGCCGCCAACACAGACGGUGCUGGCAGCAAAGGUGGCCGGGGUGGAGGCCGUGGAGGCGGCAGACGUGGCGAUCGAGGUGGCUGGCGUGGUCGUGAGCGACAGGAGAACGAGCGCAACCUGGAGGACGGUCAAGGAGGCGGUGGUUAUCGUGACCGUGGAGAGCGUGGAGAACGAAGGGGCAGACCCGGUGGGACGGCUCGAGGAGGCGGGCCCGCCGGUCGAGGCAGAGGUGGAGGCCGAGCGGGUGGAAGAUAUCCAGCUCGUGGUCCCAGAAACAACACCUAUAAUAAACCUAUCGAUACAUGGGACAAUUCAAACACCUGGGACAAUAGUACUGCUACAAACACAAAUCAUGCAGAAGAGACGUGGGACGACUUCCCAGGCGCGGACGAGUGGUCCACCGAGGAGUACCAGGGCAGCUUGGCCGACACGAAGGUGUUUACGCCUAGCGUCCAGCAGAGCGCCGAAAUGGCCGCGGCGGCCGCAGCGGCGGCGGCAGCUGCAGCCGCGGGCGUGGACGGUGCCUUAGAUGCUCAACAGCAGCAACAGCACUCGGGGGUCAUGCAGCCGCAGGAGCAGGAGUCGCAGCAGCCGCAACCCGUGGCGGUUGGGACGCUCACCGCCGCGCAAUCUCAGUAUUUCUCACAGCUUCAACAGAACAAUGAUAUGACAAAAACGUACGGUGCCGCCACGCAGUCGUCAGUUCAGCAACAGUCGUACCAACAGCAGUCGCUGGCGACGGCCGCUACAGUACCGCCCUCCCAGUACGCAUCACAGCAGUUCCAGACUGCCUAUACGCCCACUGGGUAUAGUGCAGUCACGGCUCAGGACAGUCAAGCGCAAUCGGGAGUAACUGGCGUGCAAACGCAACAGCAACAACAGGGUAGCCAACAACAACAAAGGACGAAAACGCAACGGGCGAGGGUACCGCCACCUAGUAAGAUCCCGGCGACGGCGGUGGAAAUGCCAGGCGGCGAACUGAACAGUGGCAUAGGCUACCUGGACGUCCAGUUCGGCGCGAUGGACCUGAUCGACGCGAAUUCCACCUUCGACUCGUCCUCCGUGGAUGGAGGCGGGCAGUCGGUGAACGCGUCGUCCGCGGCGACCGCCUCAGCUGGCAAGUACGCCAACAAUCUGGACGCAACUUCGGUGUCCGGUGGUGGAGGCGGCUUGGAUCUCGGAGGCGGCGCGGCUGCGGUGGACGCGUACUCUAGCUCUGGCAGUAAGCAGACGGGUGGGAUCAAUUCGACGCUCACUCAGGGGCUGUCAAACGCGUCAGACACCGGCAACAGUAUCCAAUCGGCGACGGGCGCAUCCUCCUCGACGUCCACGGAAAACUUCUCGUCCGGGUACAGCUCGUCGACGAACCGAAGCGCAGCGCCGAGCAGUUCCACGCCCGCCUCCAGCGCCGCUUCGUCUACCGUGACCGGGGGCGGCGCGGCGGCGGUCGAUUAUGCGGCGCAAUCCGCGGUCGCGGCGGCGGCGUCUACGUUCGCAGCGUACCAGCCGAAGAGUCAAGGUAAUCGCGAAUCGUAUCAUCAUGCACCCGACAUUGGUACUACCGAUUUUUUUUCUAUUUUCCAGACGACGGCCAGUUCGUAUUCGACGAACACGAACAGCUAUGUGACGAACAACCAAUCGAGUGGUUACAACGCGAACGCCAGCUCGUACCCGAACACGUACUCGUCGAACAGUUCGUACCAGUCGCAAACGGCGGCCAAUUCCGCAGCAGCAUACCCGUCCAUCAGCCAGCCUAGCACGUACCAGGCGAAUAGUCAGCAGUCGUAUGCAGCGCAGAACGCUAGUCAGUCAGUUUAUGGUGCUAAUUCAGGUUUGAGCAACAGCUCGAGUUACACGCCGUCUAGCGGCGCGGCGCAGUACAACAGUUACGGAGGCGGCGGUUCGGCGACCGGGAAACUGACAAAGGACACCGGUUACGAUGCGAGCAGCGUCAGCAACAGCCAAUCGAAUAACCAGACGACGUCGGCGAACAGUAACGCGACCAGCAACGCUUCGUUGUCGUCGCUGUCGCAAGCGUCGACGGGAGGGAAAACAACGUCCACCUUAGCUAAAAAUUCAAAUAGUGUGGUAUCAAAUAUCCCUCCAGGUGUAGCGCCGGUGAUGAGUACCCCUUACAUCAUGGGACAAGUUCCGUAUUUCCAGCAACCAGUGUAUUCCUAUGAAGAUAUGCAACUGCUGCAACAGAGGCUUCCUCACAUGACGACGCCGUACUACGACAUCAGUUACCAAACACCGCCGCCCCCGACGACGUUGGCAGCUGUCCGAGAAGCGGCACUGGGCGGUUACUCGAUGUCCUCUGACGGAAGAUUCACGCGCACCGGCGAUUCGGCCUCCCCGGUGCCGACGGGCGGCUCGGGGGCGGGCAGUCAAGCAGGUGGUGGUUCGCAGGUGGGCGUACCCGGAGUGGGCGGUCCCGGGCAAACGCAAUCGCAGUCCGCGGGACUUGGCGGCGCUGGCGGUCAAGGCGGGCAGCCGCAGCAGCAGCAGGCGCAGCCCAUCCUAGCGGCAGCCACUGGGGCGGCGCCACCGUACUUCUUCGCGACGGCCUUCAACACGAUACCCAACUACCAGUUUAGCACCAUGUAUACGGUGAGUGGCGGCAGGUGGUAGAUUGAUAUGGCUUAUGAUGUGCCUUAUACGUAUUGUAUAUUAGACUGUUUCUAAUUUUUUGUUUUUAUAUGCAGAAGUUGACAGUAUAUUCCUUGAAAGGUGGUUACUCAAUGCGGCAUAUAGCGUUUUCCACUGGCAUGCAUUAUUUGACAGUUUUUGUAUUGCAUGUUAACUGUGAUUUUACAGAUGAGCAGAAGUGAACUUUUAAAAUGUGUUUUUGUGUCAAAAGGAAGACUAUAUACUAGUUAACGAGAAAGUUACACCGCAAUUCCUAAACUUUUUUUAUUUGACAGUGACUUGAGCUGUCACGGAUGACACGACACACAAACAUCGAGCGUCACAAAAUCGACAAAACACGAACAGAGCAGCGUUGCCAGAUCAACCAUAACGUGUUAGUUAUCAGAUACUUUACGGAUAACUACUAGUUAACGUACAAUUUAUAGUUACCAAACUUGAAAGUUAACUGGCGAUUGAAAAACCUUGCUGUAGAGUCUUCUGCAUGGCGAGAUACGAGGCGUGUCCGUAAAAUAAGUUCCACAAAUUUUUUUCAUAUCAAAAAAUUGGUUUAAUUGCAAAGAAAAUACAUUUUUGGAAAGUUCAGUCUUUUAUUUUUCUACAUAAUCGCCGUUGCGUUCUAUGCAUCUCUGCAUUCGAGGCACCCACUUCUUCAAACCAGAGUCAUAGAACUCUGCCGCCUGUCCGUGUAGAAAACUAACAACCGCGUUUUGCACCUCUUCAUCUGUCUGGAAUUGGGUUCCGCCAAGGUUUUUCUUCAACUCAGGGAAGAGAUGGAAGUCACUUGGGGCUAAGUCUGGGCUGUAGGGUGGGUGAGACACCAUUUUCCAUCCAAAUCUUUCGAUGAGGGCUGUGGUUCGAUUGGCGGUGUGCGGUCGGGCAUUGUCAUGGUGAAAACGCACUCCUUUCGUCAGCAUUCCUCUUCUCUUGUUCUGAAUGGCACGUCUAACUUUUUUCAAGGUCUCACAGUACCGGUCAGCAUUGAUUGUUGUCCCGCGAGGCAUAAACUCGCACAACAAUACGCCCUUUCGAUCCCAAAAAACGCUAGCCAUGAUUUUCCCGGCAGACAGGAUUUUUUUGAACUUCUUUGCUCUUGGUGAAGAAGAGUGCUUCCACUGCUUCGAUUGCUCCUUUGUUUCCGGUGUGGUGUAGUGUACCCAGGUCUCGUCACCAGUAACAAUAGAGUCCAGAAAUUCCUCUUCGGUUGUUCCGUGAAAAGCGAGAAAUUCUUGGGCCGCUUCAACCCGCUGCCGCCGGUGGUCUGCAGUGAGCAUUCUUGGUACCCAUCUUGCGCAGACCUUUGAAUAGCCUAAAUGUUCAGUCAAAAUCUUGCCAAUUGUGGUUUUGCUGACCUCCGGAAUCUUUGUGCACAGCUCCCGAACUGUAAUCCAUCGAUCUUCAAGCAUUGCCGCUUCGACUUUGGCAAUUGUUUCGUCGGAAACCGAUGGCCGCCCUGCACGGGCUUCGUCGUGGACGUCUGUUCGGCCAUUUUUAAAGUCCCUGACCCAUCUGCGCACCAUCCCGCAGCUCAUUCAGUCUUCUCCAUACACUUGACAAAGUUCUUCGUGAAUUUCCUUCGCCGAUUUCUUCUUAGCGGCCAGGAAACGAAUAACAGACCGCAACUCGCAGCUGGCGGGAGACGCAAGAGGAAGCUCCAUCGCUGACGGCUGCUGAGCCAAGACUAAACGUCGCAGCGACGCUGGCUUGGUGAGGGAUUGGAGUGGGGGAACCAAACAAUCUGCCUCUGUUGCCUGGCUGUGCAUAGAAACGAUCCUAGCGCCAGCGGCAGCCCGUGGAACUUAUUUUACGGACAAGCCUCGUAUUAUUGUCGAAAAAUUACCUAGUUUGGACUAUUUCUUUUAACUUCUACGUGAUGCUUUUUAUACCUCCCUCAAAAUUAGGGAAGAGGUAUGGGUAAUAGAACCAGAAAAUAUGAUGACUAGGUCAGGCACGUCAUUUAGAUACCCUAUGAAAGAAUUGAUGUAAGAAGCCUAGUUUUGUUUCCGCAUGAUUGCGCUUUUCUCGAUAUUGCGCUAAAUUGCAAGAACCAAUUGAGUGCUGAAAUGCACCAGGGCAUGGCAGUGGAAAACGCAAUUAGGUUUGAUGUAAUCGGUGUUCAAAUUUUGUCUUGUAAGGCGACAAAUAACACUAAAUAGAUGGACUGUUUUUGCAUGAUAGAAUGGUUAUGCACUCAGAUAGUGUUUUUCAGCAUGAGAUAGAAUAUAUUACGGCAGAAACCGGGAACGCAUUGAUAUAAUGUAUUUCAGUAUAUUUUUUAGUUGUAUUGCUUUAUAGACAGUCAAUUUUUAAUGCUUUUCAUAUUGACAUUAAAAUCAAAAUGAAUUGCACGUAACCACUUUGGUUUUCAUAUGAAGAAUUUAGCUAAUUCGCAUGUUUAAUAUUUCACUCCAUUUUUAACUGUAUACGAGAGUGGUCUGAAAAGUUUCCGACCUAACAAAGAUACAUUUUUUAGAAUUUUUUUCCUAACAGUCUCCCCAGCGAUGUCGCUUGGGGCUAGGCCUUGUGAGUAAGGCGGAUGGUCAAGCAGUUCAAACCUUAAUUCGUGGAUUUUUGCCAAAGCAACCGCUGAGGUGUGAGACGCUGCAUUGUCUUAGUGAAACAGGAUUUUCUUUUCUGCAAAAUGGCUGUUUUUCCGUAAGCUCUGCCCCUUCUGCUUGUCAAGUAAUGAAGCGUAGUAUGCCCCUGUAAUGUUUUUUCCUUUUUGAAAAUAAGCAAUUGAAAUAACUCCAUGACUAUUCCAAAAAAAAAAAAAAACAAUCGGCAUCACUUUCCCAGCGGAAAACAGUUUCUUUUUGCAUUUUUUGGAACUGGUUCCUCCUUUGCAGACCACUGUUUGGACUGUAUUUUUGUUUCGGGCGUAUCCAAGUUUCUUCUACAGUAUUCAAUUUCUGAUUUAUUGCGCCUAAACUGCGCCAACAGUUUUUGGUCUAACGUGAGCAAACGCGGCACUCAAUGCGCGGACAGCUUUCUCACGCGUAAAUGUUGAUUUAACAUGUGACAAACAGGUUCCUUUGACAUGUUCAUAAUCUGUCACUUUAAUUCGGCGCUCGUCUAGCACCAUUUGGUGAACUUUGGCGAUGUUUUCGUUGGUAGUUCGAACGUUCAUCGUCCUCCAAGCUCUUACGGCCACGUUCAAAUUCAACUGCCCAAAAUUUCACUGUUGUAAAUGAUGGUGCAGAGUCCACAUACAGAGAAUCCUCCACUCAUCUUUGAUUUGCGUAUUUCCUUUCAAAACAAAUAUUUAAUGACAGCUCGAUACUCAAUUUUGUCCAUUUCCACAAAAGCAUUCACAUCAACUCAUUCAAACGAGUGUUACAUAACAACUGCGCGUUAAAAAAUGGCUGAAACUUUGGUGAGUAACUGUCCACAGAUGAACAACGCAAUUCACUAGGUCGGAAACUAUUCAGACCACCUUCGUAUCUCCUGCAAAAGAUUGAACGUUGGGAUUAAAAACUUAUCAGGUACUAUAGUCGAUUCUGUCUUGUGAAAAAGUUUAUGAAACACGGAUUUUGUGAUGUCUUAUGGUAAAACGCAGGGUAUCUAUGUUCCUCAAGAGAGGUGGAUGUCAAUUAUGUGUAUCGUCUUUAAAAUGCCUUUAAAUCCAGGCCUCUUAAGGUGUGCCACAUUGUCAUUUUGUUAUAUGUAAUAGAAAUGUGUUUGUGUAUCUUAUAUUUUUUGUUUGCUUAAUAGCAGUUUUUAUAGAUAUCUGUUGAUCUUGUGCCUUUGUCAAAUUUUAAAUGACUAGGUAUGGUAAACAUACUCGCUGUUGCGGAUGUACUCAUCCAAAAAAUCGUAUACAGAUUUUAGUUAUUCUUGUACACGUUCCUAGAAAAAGAAACUAAUGCCUUUCACCUAGAAUAACCUAUAGAAUGUCUAUAAUGAAUAUAGAAAUGUAUUAGACAACCAACCUUUAUGUCCCAACUAUGAGGAUUAGGUAGGAUAAUAUUAUAGCAAAAUUUUGCUUUUACAGUUUUGCUCUGAAUUUUAAAAUCAUUAUGCUAUGUUAUCAUUUUAGUUACAUUUAAUUAUACAAAUGUCAAAUUUUUUUUAAUUGAAUAAAUACCGUUUUGUUGUGUAUAAUUAUUCUGUAUCGUCAUUGUUAACAAGCUUAUUAAAAGUUAAUUUUAAUUACGUUAUGUUACCUUCAAUGUAAACAUCAGCAACCGUAGAAAUAUGGUUUUAGCCCUAAGAGCAUGUUUUGUUAGUAUUUAAAAUUUUGAAUACUUAAAAUGUAAUUAUGUAAAAAACCAGUUUUGAAAUGCAGUUAUUUGAAAAUUAUCCAGUUGUUUUCUUUAUUUUCCCAGAUUUUUUUUUCAAUAAUUUUGCUGAAAUUAGCACUUUCGGUAUUCACGAACCCUUUUGCAAAAUCUAAGUACAGUCUAGAUAUAGGCUGUUAAAAUCAUACAAUAUUGUAAAUUGUAUGUGAAUUACGACCAAAACUGGUUUAUUACAAGCACUUGGUUAGUCAUUGCAGCCCACGAAAUAUACUUUUCAUUCAAUAAAAAUUACAUUAAUUACACUUUGUCAUCUAGACAAGUUAUUCUCAAAACCGCAAAGUUAUCACAUUCAGUAGCGGACAAAAGUUUGGAAAAAUUCUUAGUAAUUUUUGAAAACUCUCUUUAUUAUUAAGGACUAUAUUUUUUCUCAUAUAGUUCGCUUACAGUCUUGAGGAUACAAAUGACAAUUUGUGUUUGCGGUGGUACUACAGACUAGCAUUAAAAUACCUUCACAUUAAUGAGACGACAAAAGUAUGGAGACAUUUUUAUUACAAAAUUAAAUACAAUAACUCAACAAAAAUAUUUAAAAAUACUGUUUAGCUAAUAUUUGGUAGCAUAGCCUUUAGCAUUCAACACUGCCUGACAUCUGCUGCUCAUAGAAGACACCAUAUUUUUUUACAGACGUCUGUUGGGAUAUUUU